AUGGUGUAUGAUGUAACAAGGCGAGAGACGUUUACGAACUUAUCAGAAACUUGGGCGAAGGAUAUAAAGUUUUACUCCACGAAUCGUGAGUGUAUCAAGAUGCUAGUUGGGAACAAAGUUGAUAGGGAGAGUGAAAGGGCGGUAACUAGAGAAGAAGGCCUGGCAUUUGCAAAGGAGCACAACUGUUUAUUUCUUGAAUGUAGUGCUAGGACACGAGAAAAUGUGCAGCUGUGUUUUAAAGAUCUCACACUGAAGAUAAUGGAUGUACCAAGUCUAGUGGAGAAAGGUUCUGCAGUAGUGAAGAACCAAAUCUUGAAACAGAAGGAAAUUCACAAAUCUCAACAUAGUGGAAACUCAGUGAGGACAUCUCGUGGCGAUACUCGUUACGUGGAUGAUGUGCAGUUGAACGACAAGUUCAUCGUACAAUCAAGUGAAGUUGAUCUUGAUCACGAAAUCGAAAGAACAUUUAACCGACAGAGAAAAAUGGCUAAUGAAUCAGCAAGACUUGCUCUUGAACAGGCAGAAAGGGAUAGAGCCAGAAACGGCGAUGAACAGGGUGAAAGAGCAGCUGCUAGGGCACAAGAAUAA